UCUUCAACUAGUCUUUGAUAUCUGUUUGCGCUGAGUGAUGAACUAAUGAAGAUUGCAUCAGAUGAUAAAUAAGCAAAACAUGUGAUUGGCAGCUUUUUUCUUCACCGUGCUGUGAUUCCUUGUAAAGCUGUAAAACAGUAGUGAGUGAGAUCAAGAAAAAGUGCUGCACUGAAGAGCGAAGGCAGGAACUAUAUAAAUGGCCACCACAUGCUUCUCUUCCUCCUUGGCCUUUGCCAGAUCCUUCUCAUUUCUGCUGUUUUUUUUCUUUCUUUGCUUCUCUCCUUUUCUUUUCACUUUGAGGAAUCCUCUGUGACUAUCCACAGCCACACUGCUCGCUGUUCUGCUGGCUUAGAGUUGUUGUCGUUCUGUGGAUUUGUUUUCUUUCUUUCAGGGAAGGUAAGAAGGUAGGUUCCAGUCCUCUCUCUAUUUCCCUUUUUCCUUGAUGAAUCAAAGGUUGUUUGGCUGCUUCUUCUUCCUGCCAAGACUGGAAAUUUCUGGUAUUGUCAUUACGUUGCUUGGUGAUUUUGAAAACUUGUGUGCAACAUUAUUUCUUCUUCCUUGUUGAAUCUAUGGUAGCGAGCUCAAAGAUCAAACUUUCUUCCUCUAUUUGACAAGAUCUUACUGUUUUUUUUCUCUGUUAUUUGUAUAAUUGCCUUCAGCUCAAAUGCCAGUUUAUCAGGUUCUUGUUGUUUCACAGUGACAUCCUCUUCAUUCACUAUCAAUCUGUUGCUUUAACUACUUUUUUUUUUCUGGAAUUUGUGCUAUCAAUCAUGCUUGGUAUUUUGCAAAAUCUUCUUGUCUUCUUUCUAGCUUCUGUGUGUUUUCUGAUAUUAGGAAAUUUGGGACAUUGGGCAUUGGCAUAGUGUUCAUAGCUCCAUACCUCUUAAGAGCACUCCUAAAGAUAUAAGGGAUGAAUACAACCAAAGUCAAGCGACGAGUCAGUAAAUAUGAGCUGGGGCGCACGAUCGGAGAAGGAACCUUUGCCAAGGUCAAGUUUGCAAGGAAUAUCGAAACUAAAGAGCCUGUUGCAAUCAAGAUUCUCGACAAGGAGAAAGUUCUCAAACACAAAUUAGUAGAACAGAUCAAGCGAGAAGUAGCCACUAUGAAGUUAAUAAAGCAUCCUAAUGUCGUUCGCAUCUAUGAGGUGAUGGGAAGCAAAUCAAAGAUUUUUAUUGUACUUGAAUUUGCUACAGGAGGAGAGCUUUUCGACAAAAUAGUAAACCAUGGUCGGAUGAGGGAAGACAAAGCACGAAGAUAUUUCCAACAACUUAUCAAUGCGGUUGAUUAUUGCCAUAGCAGGGGAGUUUACCAUCGCGAUCUAAAACCGGAAAACUUAUUACUCGAUGCCUGCGGUAACCUGAAAGUUUCAGACUUUGGAUUAAGUGCAUUGUCGCAGCAAGUCAGGGAUGAUGGCUUGCUUCAUACUACUUGUGGCACUCCAAAUUAUGUUGCUCCUGAGGUUCUCAACGACAGAGGCUACGAUGGAGCAACUGCAGAUUUAUGGUCAUGUGGAGUCAUCCUAUUUGUGUUGCUUGCAGGUUACUUGCCCUUUGAGGAUUCUAAUAUUAAGACCUUGUACAAGAAAAUCUCAUCUGCUGAAUUCAAAUGCCCAUCUUGGCUUUCCUUUGGUGCCAUGAGAUUGUUGGCAAGAAUCCUCCACCCAAAUCCAUCAACUCGUGUUACUAUUCCGGAGAUAUUGGAGGAUGAAUGGUUCAAGAAAGAUUACGAGCCUCCUGUUUUUGAGGAGAACUAUGCUGCAAAUUCAGAUGAUGUGGGAGCUGUUUUCAAGGAUUCGGAAGAACAUCAUGUAACCGAGAAGAAAGAGGAGCAACCAACACCCAUGAAUGCCUUUGAACUGAUCUCGAUGUCGAAAGGGCUAGAUCUUGGCAAUUUGUUCAGCCAAGAGCAGGAAUUUAAAAGAGAAACAAGAUUCACAUCCACUUGUUCAGCCAAAGAGAUUAUUACUAAGAUCGAAGAGGUUGCAAAGCCACUUGGAUUCGAUAUUCAGAAGAAGAACUACAAGGUCCGUCUUAUAAAAAGAAAAAUGAUGAGGCUGGAAAAUGUAAAAGCUGGAAGGAAGGGAAAUCUCAAAGUUGCUACUGAGGUAUUUCAAGUCGCCCCAUCUCUACAUAUGGUUGAGUUACGGAAAGCUAAAGGCGACACUUUGGAAUUCCACAAGUUUUACAAGAAUCUCUCUAGCAGCCUCAAGGAUGUUGUAUGGAUAUCCGAGGACAGGCAGGAGCAAGCUAAGUAGGAUCACAACUUACAGGCAGCUAAGGAAUAUACUGUGGCUAUAUACAAAAGAGUAUGAUUUCUUCAUUGUUUAUUAUUUUGCCCUUUUUUGGAGCAGACCAAGAUGAACUUGUCCUUUUCUUGAACACCAUGCACAUUUCUCCUCUAAUUUCCUUUUCCCUCUACUAAAAUGAUGCUUCCCUGUAUCCACUAAACGAAAGAAUAGGAUCUUUUCUGCAUCCGUUUGACGAUUCGGAUGUGUCACUGUCACAGAACAGAGAAGAGAGCACUUAUCUUGUUA